AUGGAUUUUCUAUUAGAAGCCGUCAAGUCAGGUUUACUCAAUGUUGUCAGAAAAGUGGUAUCAGAAACAGGAAUACCUUUCGAUUCCAAUUGGAUAGAUUAUGCAGCCUUGAAACAAGCAAUCGCCGACGAGCACGAAGAAAUCGCGAUGUAUCUUCUUGACAAAAAUUGCAGAGUAAUAAUGAAGGAUGAUGAACCGCACGAGACGCCACUUCAUUGCGCCGUAAAACGAAGAAACACAAACAUGGUAAAAGAACUGCUGGAGAAAGGGGCAUCUAUCGAAAUUUUAAAUGGUCAAGGUUAUAGUCCAUUGCAUCUAGCAUUGAUUUUCAAUGACGAAGUAGUAAUCGACAUUAUCUUGAACUUCAUCGUUCAAACUAGUAACUACUCGAAUGUAAGGAGCAAGAACGGGUUAACUCACUUUCACGUAGCUUGUACGAGGAAAAACAUAGAAGUUAUCGAAGGAUUUAUCAAAAACGGAUCAGACAUUAAUGAAGCUAUCGACGAGAAUUCGGAUUAUCGGCCAGGUUACACAGCCAAGCAUUUUGCCGCUGAGUUUCAGUCUUUGGAAGCCUUGAAAUUACUAGUGAAUGCUACAAGUCGAAAAUGUAGUUCAGUAAAAGAUAAAAAUGGGCAAUCACCUGCAGAUUUAGCUAGAAAAAGUUUAGAAAAGCUGUCGAUUAUGGUUUACCUACUGUCGGGUGAAAGUCAACCAAACGAGAACGAUGAUAACUCAAAAAUCUCGCAAUUUCACAUAGCUUGUUGUCAAGAUAAUCCGAGAUUAGUGCAGAAAUUCAUCGAAAAUGGUGUUGCUGUAAAUAAUUCUGUCGCAAAAGAAACUAAGUUCUGUCCGGGCUAUUCCCCAUUACACUUUGCCGUUAAAAGUAAUUGCAAGGAGAACGUCCAAUUGCUAUUGAAAGAAAAUGCUAACACUCAACAGAAAGAUGCAACCUCUGCAACAGCACUUCACUUAGCAAUGUACGACGAAGAUCCUAAUGAGAAGAAUACUAUUGUUGAUCUUAUUUACAAUACUAUGAGUACCGAAAAUAAGUUGUCGAAUGUUAUGGAUGCUUACGGUUUGAACUACUUACAUAUAGCGGUCAGUAGGAACCAGUUAGAUAUAGUUAAAACUUUUCUAGACAGAAGAGAGAAUAUUGAACAGAGAAUUUUCUACAAUCAUCAGCAGUUUGCUUAUUACACACCUCUGCAUUUUGCGGUACGUUACAAACAUUUGGAAAUGACUAAAUUUCUGAUUGAACGUGGUGCCGUCGUCAAAGAGAUGUGCAAGGAUGGAUUACCACUUCAAAUGGCAAUUGAUGCUGGCCAUAUGGAACUGAUUGAUCUUUUGUGGAAUUAUGAAGUGGAUAGGGAUUUGAUUAGAAGUGUAGAUGGUAAAACGAUACUUCAAUCGCUUGUAGAAGCGUAUAAGAAGAAUUACGAAAAACAAAUUGAGGAUGACAUAAAGGAUUCAAUUGUCAGUGUGAGCUAUCGGUUGCUAGUGUACAUCAAACGACUUCUCAUUCUUGGUUGCGACGUAAAUCAUCAUGACGACGAUGGCAAUACGGCUUUACACAUCGCCUGUAAAAAUAUUGAGACUGGGUCUUUUUGCAUACAAUUACUUUUGAUUUACGGAGCAGACAUCGAUGCUGAAAACGACAAAGGAGAUACGCCGUUCGAUUGCGCUUUUCACAAUCCAUAUUUAGAGAAUGGAGAGUCGUAUAUGAUAUUGUAUCACCACGUGCAAAAAUUAAAGGUUAUUGGGUACCCGGUGAACGCAAAGAAUGAUAUUUGUUGUCAGAGAUUACUUGACGAAUGUGUCAAGUACUAUCCCAAUGCUAAAUGCUUUAAAUUACCUGAACUUGAUACCAAGAAACAACAAAGACGCGAUGAAGUAACGAAAAUGAAAAAUUUUAAGCUUACGAAAUAUGUUUCGCUUCAUGACUUUGUGCGACUUGGUAUAAUUGAUGCGGUUACAUAUAUUACAAAUGAUGAUUUGUUAGAUCUUAUUAAAAAUAAUAAUGAAUUGGACGAGAAGUUUCCGCAAUAUGGUUACUUGAUUCGAUUACAUUAUUCAAAAUGUAUUAAGUAUUGGGACAUGUUUUUAAAUCAUGAUCGAUACGCAAAACGAAAACGAUAUGAAUGA